AACUUCGUGGCAAACUUAAUAUAAACUAUUCCGAUUAUAAAGAUACCGGUACUUUCAGGGCGUGAUCUUGUGUUCUAUCAUUCUUGCAUACACCCAUACUUAUGCUUGCACUUAUAAGAGUGGAUAUCGGGAUUGAGCUCGCAUAUAAUAACAUUGACGGCGAAAAACAUUGAAGCGAAAGAAUAAGAAAAUUUGCGCUGAUAUGGUUGCAGUGUUCUCACUGCACAAUUAUUACUUGAGUGUAAAGAAAACGAAACUUGUUCGUAUAAUUUGUAUAUAUUUGUAAGUUCAUCAAUGAGACUGGGUGUUGCAGUGUGGCGCCAAAUUCAGAUCAAGCGUUUCAGUUAACCUCUCGCUUUCAAAUUAUACACAUCCCAUCGAACGAAAUUCGGAAUUUGGUAAAAAAAAAGUUUGUAAAUGUCGCUUAAAAUUCCCUAAAGUUCUUUGUAGAGCAAUAUUUAUUAAUACUUACAUACAUAUGUAUGUAGAUACAUACACUCAAAAUAUAUAAUAAAUUGUAUAUUAUUAAACAACUAAACUACUUAGUACGAGAUUGUUAAAUCAUUAAAUACCGUUUAUCGGGAAACAUUGUGCGUAUAUUGUGCGUCUAUAUUGCAAGUUCAUAUUCGCGUUAAAACACUAAUUAGAAGAAAGCUUUGGGUGCGGCUUAAUUGAGUAAGUCAUAUUUAUAUACAUACUUGUAUGUAUGUACAUAUGUACAUAGUGCAGAUGCAGUUACAUGAAUUGGUGCACAUGCCUUUAUGCAUAUAAAUUCAAUUAUUUCUCUUAAUUAAUUUUAAUUCCAACAUUCUUCUUGAAUAAUUAUACAUACAAGACAUGGGAGGAAAUGUGAACAAUAAUAAAUGUUAAUAAAUUAAUGAGAAGUAGUAGCUUUUCUAAAUUUUAUUUCAAUGAAAGAAAUGCAAAAUGUCAGAAGAGAAUUUUACUAUAUAUGAGAACUGUUCAAACUUUGCAAAAAACAAGGAUGAUAGUACUGUGUAUGGUAAAAUGGUUUCGCAAAAAAACACUCGACUCAAUGAAGACAAAAGCCCUGAAAACGAAAGUGCAUUUAGUUUUACGGUAUAUGACGUAAAAUCGGAGUUGUUUGAAAAAAGGCAACCGAUAUACGAAAAUAUCAAACAUAACGUAUUAUCAAGCCAAAAACUACUAUUCAAAAAAUUAUUUGGAACAGCGACAAAUAAUGAUAUUUUCUAUGAAAACUUGUGUCGUGGAUGUGGUUAUGGUAUUUUUGAAGGGAAAAAUUAUUUGUGUGACUUUUGUAUACGUAUGGUUGAAGGACCCAAAAAUAAAAAAUCCCAGAGUUCGCGAAAAAGAAAUCAAAAUCAUGUGAACACUGAGGAGAAUAUCUAUGAAAAUAUUUGUUCCCUUUGUUCAAAUUUAUAUAAUACUCAAGAAUGUGAAUUCUGUAUAAGAAACGAAAAAUUAAUGGAAACAACGGAAGCAGGAAAACUUGAAGUUAUGAAAAAAAAACAAAAGACAUUGUAUUUUCAGAAUUUGGAUAAGCCUAAGCUCUUCGAUGGAAUUUCGGGGUCGUUGAAGAAAAGUUCAAAGUCUAAACAAUUUUAUUCGAAUAAACAAGAAUGUAUAAAAAAAAAACACAAGCGUGUAGAGGCAAUCUAUAACGUCACAGAACACUCUAAUGUUUCCCCCUCGAAUGAAGUAUUUAAUAUGCAAAGAAUACUCAAUUUUAAACAAAAGAAAACUAGCAACGAUGCAUUCCGGAGAGAGCAACAUAUAUACGGCCGAUUAAAAUUUCGCGAACAUUUUAUUGGUAAAAUUCCUUUAGAAGUGACUUCUAAUCAUACUGAAGCUAAAUCGCAUGAAUUGCUAAAGGAAGAUCCAGAUUUCGUUUACACCAAAAGUUCUAUUGAAUGUUCAUUAGCUUCAAGGAAACGAUCAAAAUCACACAAAAUUCUAAAAAAAAUUUCAACUCGUCCUUUUAAUACACCAGAUCAUAAAACGCUUCACACCCCUCUGUCUGAAAGCGUUUGUUAUUGGGUGAAAUUGCUUCGUCUACAAGUUCAUAAUUAUCACAUUUAUGGUACAUCAUUUGAUGAUGGCGAUUAUGCUUUAUGUAUUCCUAAGAGCCUUCCAUCAAGAAGCGUGUUGAUACACACAUACUGCGAUGCUGCUUCAAGUUAUGAAAAGAACAAUUUUGUUUCCCCUCGCUAUUUAGAAAUAGGAAUGACUAAUUUGACAGGCACUGAUAAAAACGUAGAAGAAGAAAAUACUACAUUCACAAAUAAAAUAAGUCAUAUUCAUGUUAGUAAGCAAAUUGAGAAUCGUUUUGAGGCAAUGGUUGAUGUAUUUAAGCAAAAUCUCAUGGAAAAAUUUAUGGUUUAUAAACAGAGAGAGUAUCAAACAUCUGUUGAGCAUUCCAACUAUUCGCUCAAUACAUUAUCAGAAGCAAACUACGUAGCACGAUCAUCACUGCAGCGAACCCAAUGGCCCUCCGAACACAGUCCGAUUGCGGUAAUGAAUUAUCAACCGCUCUCAACAGUUACCACCGACAAAGGUCGAACUAGUUGCUUUUCAACUUGCAAUGUGAUCAAAAGCAAGUGCAAUCAUUGUGGUUGUCUAUGUGGUGGAGGGGUAUCAGAAAAAACUAAAAACGAAAUUAUCAAAAAAAAAUUUGAAAAAAAUGAUAUAGACAAAUCGGAAAUGAUCACUACAUACAACAAUGCACACGGGCAGCACACCAAACAAAUAAACGGUUAUUUUUUCGAUAUUAUAGGCAAUUUUUGCAAUAAUUCGCACGAAAUAUACGAAGUGAGCCAUCAAAAUCCAAAAAUCAACCAGUUUAAUUUUGUGAGUUUAAUUAACAAUGUGUUAAUAUCGUAUAGCCUUAAUACAAACGUCUUGCAUUUGUGUUCUAAUCGAUUGCAGUACUUUAAUUGGUUUCAAGAUUGGCUGCUUUACAAUUUCAACCCGUGGAGCUUCAAUGUUAAACGUGCUUUAAAGGUGCUGGCUAAUUAUAAUAGCUUUAAAAUAUCAUUUAAAUUAUGGGCUGUACUGAAUGAGUCAGUAAAGCGGCAUAGAAGUUUAUGGAAACAUGAUAAACAAGGAGAGAACAUUUAUGGUGAAGCACCAAUUGACAGUACAGUGAGCGAACAAGUUACGAAAUUUAUUCCAAUGGCUUUUCAAAGUAGUAGUUUGGGGAGCGACUUUAUUGUUAAUGAGAAUGAGAGCGCACAAUUAAUUGCCAGACAAAAUAUGGGUACAAAUAAAUGUAUGAAUGACGAAGUAGUUCUACGUACAAAAACUAAAGAAUCAUUGGAAAGAAGUAAAAAAGCUCAAGGGAAAUAUUUGGAUCUUGAUGAAAAUGUAGUUAAAGUAAAUAAUUAUGAUUAUAAUAAAAAUGCAGAUAUUGAUUUGAAAACUGGGACCAAAAUUUUAAAUAAUCCUAGCCCUUCUGAUGAAAAAAAUAAUUCAUCUUAUACUGAAGAAGAAUUUAAAAUAUCAAGGGAAGAAAACAUUUACCAGCCCAUUUGGAAGUUUCAAACCGUUGGAGAGGCUCUUUACGAUAGUGAUCCUGAAUACUAUAACUUGAGUAAUCGAACUGGUAAUUCGAGGUAUUUGCACAAAAGGAAACAACGGAUGUCAAAUGAUUCAUCAAUUCCAUAUCUUGUUAUAUCUGAUAAUGGGGAAGAUCAUGGAGAUUGGGAGACCGAUGACGAGUUUAUGUUUUCAAAACAGUUUGAUGAAUACUGCGGAGCAGGCGACAUAAUAUCACAGAACACUACUUCUCAGAGCAAUAGUACAAUCACAAGUGCUUCGAGUGCUGACAUCAUUACUGCAUCAUCAAACUCAAAUUUUCUACAUCCCAUUUUCCGUACAGUGUGCAUUUUUUUUAGCUUAAAGGAGCCUAAAAUUCGUGCAAUCGUAUAUGAUUACACAUACAACCAAUCUUCGCAUUAUUUUGCAAAAAAUAAAAAUGCAAACUUGCUUUCUCACAAUAAGGCAAACGGAAAAUUGAAACCUAUAACUACAUCUACUUUUAAUUGGUCACCGACAUCAAUUAAUCAUCAACAAAACAUAGCAUUUCCAUCAUCAUUAACGAACAGAACAUGUGCAAAUAAUGAACCUGCCACAGACUCUAGUUUGAGUCCAGUAAAUGCGUGGAAGCUGAACCUAUUAAAUAUAUCCAAUAUUGAAGAUGAAGAUGACAUGUUCGUGUCGGAGAAAGAGCUUUUGCGGUCCCAGGCCUUUAAAGGUAAUGCCGAAUAUGAGAGUUCAACCCCAAAACUAUUUGCUCCCCAGCUUAUUAAAAGUGUUUCGUCCGGUAAUAUUUUGGAUAUACCAAGUGUGGAUGACAAAAAAACAAUUACAGAACGUGUGCGUAGUAAAUUUCCAAGAAGCGUCUUUAAACUAAAUGUACGUUCACCAAAAAGCGAGAAGAAACAAAAUGACGUCAUUCAUUUUGGAAAAACGGAAAGUUUAUAUUUGGAAACAGAUGCGCAACCCGAGUUUCCAAUUUUCGGAGCACCACUUGAAAAAUUAGAAAUGAGUGAAGUUGUUCAUCAUGUUCCACGUUUUAUUGUGGACUGUGUAGCUUAUAUCGAACGUAAAAACUCGAUAUUACAAGAUGGAUUAUAUCGUGCUUCUGGCAACAAAGUAGCUAUUGAUGAAUUGAAGAAAAAGCUAUCCGAAAGCUACGCAUACAAUUCAAAUCUUUUGGUUGCUGAUGAUAUACAUACUAUUACCAGUUUAUUAAAACAAUUCUUUCGAGAAUUGAGCAACCCUUUGAUCCCUCAACAUAUAUAUGAUCAACUCGGACGUAAUUUUCUUGAGACUGUUGGUAUUGAAGUAUUGAAAAAUACGCUUGAGGAAAUACCUGAUCCUAAUCGUGCAACAUUAAAAUUUCUUAUACGGCAUUUAAAGAAUGUUGCCGCCUUUAGUAAAGAAAACCGGAUGCCUGCAUCUAACUUAGCAAUUGUAUGGGGUCCAUGCAUUUUUACAUCAGAACAAAUUGUAUUUGGUGACAUCGGACGAAUGAAUACAUUAACUAAAUUAAUUAUUGAAAACUACGAAUACAUAUUUAGCGAAAAUGAGCGACUUGUAAAUUAAGUUUUGAUAAAAGUGUUUUCAUGUUACAUCACGUUUUAGAACUAUUUUUGCAAUUAAGUCUAAAUUGUAACAAACCUGUACAUUGAUUAUUUAUACUCUCGCAACAUGUUGCACAGCGUAUAAUUAUUUUUCUAUUGUGCUAUUGUUUUCUUCCUUACGAUUUCUUUUAACGUUUAAAACUAACAGAGUUACAUAUGUAUAUCAAUAUCAUCAAGGUGACAAAAUGAUUUGACAUCCAGAUCCUUAAUCUGAGAUUUUAAUAAUCUCGAAUUCCCAUAGCCACCAAAUAUCUAAUAUAUUGUAGUAUAAGGAUUUUCACAAUUCACGUUUUAUAUUGUAUUUGUAUUAUAUCUACUUUUGGAUAUUUAUAGUUUGUUGCGGAAAAUUAGUGAAAUCGUCCAAGCCUUAUUCUAGCCUCCGUUUACUACCUAUACAGAUCGAUAUGCUAGCGAACGUUAUGCCAAAUAUGUCAUAUCAUAUAUGUAUAGUAGGUAUAUCAAUGGUGUAGUUAUAUUAAUAAAAUUGUGUGGAAACAUGUUCGCAAGUAUAGUUUAGUUUAAUGUUUUGCUACAACCUGAAACUUACCCUGCCCUGCAAUUUGCGAGCGUAUAAAAUUUUCGUUUGCAUCCGAACCCAGUUUUUCUUUAAUUCUUUAUUAAAAAAAAAAAAAUGCUAAAAUUAAAAUUAAGUAUAUGCUAGAGUUAACCAAAUUUUACAUUGUGAUAAAAUAUAUUAAAUAUAUGAGUGCAGAGCUCUAAAUUGCAAUAAACUAGUAAAAUCACUAAUUCUGAACUAUUAUAUACAGCUACUGAUCGCCAAUUGGAAACACAAGAUAAUCUGGAUAAGUAAAAAUUGUUUAAACUUGACUUUUUAUUUUCUCUUUAAAAACCUUGUAUGGUAUUUAUUCCUCUUUUUACUACCUAACGUGCCAAGCUUUUUUGUUUAGAAUUUGUCCAACUAAUCAUCAUAGAUGUAGUUAUAUGCAGAUAUAAAAUUGAUUGUUAAUAGGAUAUGAAUUAUAAAUGUCUAGCAGCACAAGAUUUCAGAAUUUAAAUAAAUGGCGUACUAAAGUUUGACACCGAAA